GAUGGCGGCCCCCAGAGCUGCAGCGUGAAAGUUGUGGGUGAGAGACGCAGUCCACCCGCGCUGGAAUCGAAACCGUGGGGACCGUGCGCCAUGUCGCGACUGAUCGUGAAGAACCUCCCGAAUGGGAUGAAGGAGGAGCGUUUCAGGCAGCUGUUUGCCUCCUUUGGCGCCCUGACCGACUGCAGCCUGAAGUUCACCAAGGACGGCAAGUUCCGGAAGUUUGGCUUCAUCGGCUUCAGGUCGGAGGAGGAGGCCCGGUCGGCACUGAACCACUUCCACAGGAGUUUUAUUGACACGUCCCGGAUCACAGUGGAGUUCUGCAAGGCGUUUGGGGACCCGAACAAGCCCCGAGCCUGGAGCAAACAUGCUCAGAGAACAAGCCAGCCUAAGAACCCUUCGAAGGACAGAGACUCCGUCCCCACAGAACCUAAGAAAGACAACAAGACGAGAAAGGUGGCAGGUGAGCUGGAGAAGCUGAAGGAAGACACCGAGUUCCAGGAGUUCCUGUCGGUUCAUCAGAAGCGAACGCAGACGGCCACUUGGGCGAACGACGCCCUGGACGCCGAGCCCCCGAAAGGGAAGGGGGGGCCUGCCAGCGACUACCUGAACUUUGACUCCGACUCGGGGCAGGAGAGUGACGAGGAGGGGGCGAGGGAGGACCCAGAAGAGGAGGAUGGCCGCGAACCCAGGGCAGCCGUGCAGAGGGAGCUGUCGGACAUGGAUUACCUGAAAUCCAAGAUGGUGAAGUCCGACUCGCUGUCAUCCGAGGAGGAGGAGGAGGAGGAGGAGAGUGAAGAUGAAGCCGUCAGCUGCACGGCCGGGAGCGAGGCCGAGGAAGAGGCCGCCCAGCAAGACGGCCCUGAGCUGCGCGCGCCAUCUGGGAACAAGCCACCAGGAGUGGCCAGAGCUGAGGCAGGCGAGCCAGCAGCCCAGAAGGAGCCCACCACCCCCCACACCGUGAAGCUGCGGGGAGCCCCGUUCAGUGUCACGGAGAAAAACGUCAUGGAAUUCCUGGCCCCCCUGAAACCAGUGGCCAUUCGCAUCGUGAGAAACGUGCACGGGAACAAGACAGGGUACAUCUUCGUGGAUUUCAGCAGCGAAGAGGAAGUGAGGCAAGCUCUCAAAUGCAACAGGGAGUACAUGGGCGGGCGCUACAUCGAGGUGUUCAGGGAAAAGAGCGUCCCUGUGGCCAAGGGGCCCCUGAAGAACAGCGCCAAGCCCUGGCCAGGCCGGACCCUUGGGGAGAAUGAAGAGGAGGAGGACCUGGCUGACUCCGGGAGGCUCUUCGUACGAAACCUGCCCUACACCAGCACCGAGGAGGACCUGGAGCAGCUCUUCUCCACGUUCGGUCCCCUGUCUGAGCUCCAUUACCCCAUUGACAGCCUAACCAAGAAACCCAAGGGCUUUGCCUUCGUCACCUUCAUGUUCCCCGAGCACGCCGUGAAGGCCUAUGCGGAAGUGGAUGGGCAGGUGUUCCAGGGUAGAAUGCUCCACGUAUUACCGUCCACCAUCAAGAAGGAAGCUAGCGAGGACACUGAUACCUCGGCGUCAUCGUCUUAUAAAAAGAAGAAAGAAUCUAAAGAUAAAGCCAACAGCUCCAGCUCUCACAACUGGAACGCGCUGUUCAUGGGCCCGAACGCCGUGGCCGACGCCAUUGCACAGAAAUACAGUGCCACCAAGAGUCAAGUGUUUGACCACGAGACCAAGGGCAGCGUGGCCGUGCGCGUGGCCCUAGGGGAGACCCAGCUCGUCCAGGAAGUACGGCGCUUCCUCCUCGACAACGGGGUCAGCCUGGACUCCUUCAGCCAGGCCGCAGCCGAGCGAAGCAAGACUGUGAUUCUGGUGAAGAACCUUCCGGCGGGCACACUGGCGGCCGAGCUGCAAGAGAUCUUCGGCCGCUUCGGCAGCCUGGGCCGCGUGCUGCUGCCUGAGGGCGGCGUCACGGCCAUCGUGGAGUUCCUGGAGCCGCUGGAGGCCCGCAGGGCCUUCCGACAUCUGGCCUACUCCAAGUUCCACCACGUCCCCCUGUAUCUGGAGUGGGCUCCGGUGGGCGUCUUCUCCAGCUCAGCCCCGCAGAAGGAACCCCGAGACCCACCGGCAGGCCCUGCAGAAGACGGCGCAGCGGAGCCAGAAGCCUUGCCAGACAACAGGACCCCAGAAGGUGAAAAACCAUCAGAGGGAGAAGCUGAGGUCGCUCCAGCCAAAGUGGAAGAGGAGGAGGAAGAGGAGGAGGAGGAGGAGGAGAGCCUCCCCGGGUGUACUCUGUUCAUUAAAAACCUCAACUUCAGCACGACCGAGGAGACCCUGAAGGAGGUGUUUUCCAAGGUGGGAGUGGUGAAGACCUGCUCUGUUUCCAGGAAGAAGAACAAAGCAGGAGAGUUGCUGUCCAUGGGAUUUGGGUUCGUGGAAUACAGGAAGCCAGAGCAGGCCCAGAAAGCUCUCAAGCAACUCCAGGGUCACGCCGUGGACGGCCACAAGCUGGAAGUGAGGAUCUCGGAACGAGCCACCAAGCCAGCGCCGACAUCCGCUCGGAAGAAACAAGUGCCUGGAAAGCAGACGACCUCGAAGAUUCUGGUGCGCAACAUCCCGUUCCAGGCCGACAGGCGGGAGAUCCGAGAGCUCUUCAGCACCUUCGGGGAGCUGAAGACCGUCCGCCUGCCGAAGAAGAUGGGCGGGACCGGCUCACACAGAGGGUUCGGCUUCGUGGACUUCCUCACGAAGCAGGAUGCCAAGAGAGCCUUCCACGCCCUGUGCCACAGCACCCACCUGUACGGCCGGAGGCUGGUGCUGGAGUGGGCCGACUCCGAGGUGAGCCUGCAGGCCCUGCGGCGGAAGACGGCCGAGCGCUUCCACGAGCCCCCGAAGAAAAAGCGGUCUGUGGUGUUGGACGAGAUCCUGGAGCAGCUGGAAGACAGUGAAAAUGACAGUGAGGAGCAAACCCUUCAGCUACGAGCUGGCACCGAGAGGGUUUAGGGAGAAAAAGUGCCGCCUUAACCCAUGAGAAACCCCAGGCGCAGUGCCCAGCGCAUGAGCCCACCCAGAAGCCGCUGUUCUCGCCUCCCCCACCCUGGGGGGCUGCUAGCUGGACUUCCCGCCCACCGCCACCCGCAGGAGGGGGCCCAGCUCGGGACUCGGCUUCUGUCCUGCUCCCCCGUCACAUGGGAUCGCGAGCCCCGGUUUGACCUCCAGGGGCGGAGCACGGGGCUGGGGAAGCCGCUGAGCGGCUCACGGAGCCCAGACGCCAGCCUCAGCAGCUGAGCCCGAGCUGUGCGUCUGACGGCGGGGACACCCUCUGCUCACGGGCGGGGGCCCCGUGACACACGCCCCGGCCCUGGCGGGCGGUGUCGAAGGGCUUAUCCUGAGCCUGGGAUGCCCGUGCACACCCACGGGAGAGAUGGGCUCCCCUGCGGGGGAAGGGCCACGGCUGGUCGGGUGCAAAUCCCAGCCCCGCCCCUCUCAGCUGUGCGGCCGCAGACCAGGGAGGUCCCCUCUGCCCCCCAGCUUCUCUUCCUGUACGGGGGGUGACAUUGUGCUAACCCGGGGUUUGACUGCCUCGGUCACAACUCAAGUAAAGUCUGGAGCAAAGGCC